GGCUAUGUCACCUGCGUCAGAAUAUAAAUCAAAAUUGUCAAUGUCAACAACGUAUUUCUAAAAUUCAAACGCUUCUAUUUUAAGGUGUUAGGACAAUCAAGAAUAUUUAUUAUAUCCUUCCAGAUAGAUAUUAAUAAUUUAAAGAAUGCCACUAUUAGAAUCGUGUUGGUCACCAUGUAUUUGGUCGUCUACUGUGAAAAGCGGAACCAGAGCGGUAGCUGUGUAUACCGCGGCUAUGAGUAUAAUUCUCAUAAUAUUUAUAGCAUACCAGAUGGAUGGUGGUGAUUCUACACAGCUAUGGAAUCCUCUGUUUGAAGCUGAUGUGAGAGGGUCUCUACAAGUAUUUGGAACGAUUUUCAUUGUAAUACUGGUCAUUCUUUUUGUAUCUUCAAUAUUAAUGGUAAUUGGCGUUAACAUAUGGAUGCGCGGAUUAAUGCUGCCAUGGAUGAUUACAAUGGGUUUAAUCAUAGUCUUUCAGUUAUUGUUCGGCUUGUGGCUCAUCGGAGGAUACUAUAUUUAUCUCGAUGCCACUUUUGCUGCAUUCCUUGACUUUUUAUGGAUGGCAUAUAAUAUCUAUUGCUGGUUAUGCGUGUUGUCACAGUAUCAAAUAAUAUUAGAUAUGCAGUCACCGAACAUAGAAAUUUUAGUUGAAUACUAAUAUUGUUUUAAAGGCAAGACUUCAAAGGUUGUAUUUUCAAAUGUAUGUAUGUACAAUUUUUUUAACCACGCUGGUCACAAAAUAACAUCUAGAAAGAAAAAAAAACAACAAACUAUACAACUCUAAUUCUUGUGAUGACUUUAGUGCUUCUUUUGUAUUUUUUUAAUGAAAUUAAUUUAAAAUUAUGAAAUUGUCAAACAUCAAGGCAUUUAAAAAUAUGAGGUAACUUUAAUAUUAAUUACUAUGCAUGAGAGAUUUGGGUGGUUAACACCCAAUUGACAUAUAUUUUACUGUUAAACAGCAUUUAUUGACAUUGCUAUUUUUGGGUUUGACAGUGAGUGAACCCAGUGUAUUGGACAAAUAUAAGAUAUUGUUUCACUAUUUGCCGUUACCAGUUAGCCCAUUUUGACCAUUGGUUUGCCUAAAAUAGAAUUUAAAAAAAUGCUUGAUCUUAUUAAAAUCAAAGAAGUAUUUGGAAAAAUAUAUAAAAUAUUGUUAAAUACAGAUAAAAUUAAACUAAAACAUCAAAGCAUUUUAUUUAUUUUGUACUUUUAAUAACUGGCAACAUCAUUCAUGAAUCUCUUGUAAUU